AAGCAGCCGACUCGUCUGCCAGUCGCCUCCUAUUCGUCCGGCGACGAGACGGAGCACUACGCCGCGCCGCCAAAACUGCCCAACUGCGCGCGAUAUCCCAUCGCGCGCUACCUCGCCAACAUGUUGGCCGCGUCUCGACGUGGCCUCCAACCGGUCGACAACUACGCCACGUACGUCAGCCUCGAGGCGGCGGCAGCAGCGGCGGCCGCCAACGCGGUCGCCAACCGAACCGGCCCGACGCCCUCGGACACAGUCAAGACGUCCGCCGUCGUCGCCACCGGCCACACGCUCAAUUUGGCACAACUCGGCGCCCUGUUGCCAGGCAGCAUGGACUCGGCUCUGUUUGCGGCCGCAGUCGCCGGCGACUCUUGCGCAGGUGCGUAA